AUGGCUAUUCGGACAGGAUGCGAUUGGCCGGGAUACAAGCCUGACGGGUUCCUGGCGUCAGGGCCACCGUGGCAGGAGUAUUAUCUUCGUAUUGCAAAGCCAAUCGGUUUCGGUGCAGCCCAUGACAUCGAGAAAAUUAGGCGUCGGGGCUUGAAAUUCGGAUACGGCAUGACCAAGACCAAGGCCCGUCACGAUAGUAGCGCUCGCCACGAUACGAACACGACGUGGGAGGAGAAGAAGAAGAAGAAAAGAAGGACAAAACUCCCAAGCCGUAUAAAGCCAUGGCCAGGCCUGUCUCAGAAGAUCAGCAGCCCAGCCGCUGCCAUCAUCCGACGGGUGCUGCAUCGCCUUGUGAUUGUCGAAGAUGUGAUUUCUAUCACCAUUGAGUCUGUCUCAGAGGAGCAGAAAGCUGGCGUGGGGGUUUGA